AUGCUUUCCCGUUCUCUCCGUGCUGCCAGGCUUGCAGACCGUCGACUUGUUUCUCUAGGUGCAUCCCGAUGGCAGAGGACGUAUGCAACACCGUCGGGUCACAAUGAUAGCAAACCGCAGCGGAAUGAAGAGGAUGAGGGAAAUGUGCAGAAAGGCAAGGAGAGGGCUAACAAUAAUGCAGCUAAAGAAUCCGGAGAUGGAGGUCCAGAAAUCCCGAAAGGACUUGAGGGUUUUUUCAAGCGGUAUCAGCAGCAGACUUGGUCUCGUCAGUCCUCCGACGAAGACGAGACUCCACGACAGAAACCACCACCACCACCACCGGGCGGUAAUAACCCUAAUAAUGGAUUUAAUGUCAACCAACUUGCUCUCCUCGCCACGUCUGCUGCUAUAUUUUAUGCUCUGACUAAUUCUUCAUCUUCGGGCUCGCGAGAAAUUACCUGGCAGGAGUUCCGCACCGCAUUCCUCGACAAAGCUCUAGUUGACAAACUCAUCGUUAUCAACCGGCAGAAAGUCCGCGUCAAGUUGCACUCUAAUGCCACUGGCGCAAUGUACCCCGCAGCAUCUCUCGGUGGAGGAGAUUACUAUUUCUCCAUAGGCAGUGUCGAGGCUUUUGAACGGAAGCUUGACGAGGCUCAGGCAGAGCUUGGUAUUCCUCCUCACGAGCGGAUACCAGUCGCCUACCACGACGAGAUAUCUACCUUCAAUACCAUUCUCAACUUCGCUCCCACUAUCCUUUUCGCCGGUCUCCUUCUGUACAUGUCGCGACGAGCUGGAGGUAGCGCGGGUGGUGGCCCAGGUGGCAUCUUCAGCAUCGGAAAGAGCAAAGCUAAACUUUUCAACAAGGAUACGGAUGUAAAGGUCAAGUUCAAGGAUGUUGCAGGUAUGGACGAGGCAAAGGAAGAGAUCAUGGAAUUUGUGAAGUUUUUGAAGGAGCCCGCGAAGUUUGAGAAGCUUGGUGCAAAGAUACCACGCGGAGCUAUCUUAUCAGGACCUCCAGGAACUGGAAAAACCUUGCUAGCAAAAGCGACUGCUGGCGAGGCCUCUGUCCCCUUCCUGUCCGUGUCUGGCUCAGAGUUCGUCGAGAUGUUCGUUGGUGUCGGCUCCUCCCGUGUCCGUGAUCUGUUUGCGUCGGCAAAGAAGAAUGCACCUUGCAUUAUUUUUGUUGAUGAAAUUGAUGCCAUUGGAAAGGCCAGAGGCAAAGGAAGUAGCUUCGGUGGAAAUGACGAGCGAGAGUCGACUCUCAAUCAGUUAUUGGUGGAGAUGGACGGUUUCGGAACCCAGGAGCACGUUGUAGUACUCGCAGGAACCAAUCGUCCAGAUGUCCUAGAUCCCGCUCUCAUGCGACCUGGGCGUUUUGACCGUCACAUAGCCAUUGACCGCCCAGAUGUCUCCGGCCGCAAAGGGAUCUUUAUGGUGCACCUCAAACCACUCCGGCUAGCACAGGAGCUCGAUACGGACAAGCUUGCUCAGAAGCUCGCCGUUCUUACCCCGGGUUUCUCAGGAGCAGACAUCGCGAAUGUUUGUAAUGAAGCUGCUCUUCAUGCUGCACGCAAGGGUCAUGAGUCUGUCAAGGUGGACGACUUUGAGAGCGCAAUUGAGCGUGUCAUCGCAGGUCUGGAGCGCAAGAGCAGAGUUCUUAGUUCGGAGGAGAAGAAAACUGUUGCUUAUCAUGAGGCUGGUCACGCUGUCUGCGGCUGGUUCCUCGAACAUGCCGACCCGCUUCUCAAAGUAAGCAUUAUCCCUCGUGGCGUUGGGGCCUUGGGAUAUGCGCAAUACCUUCCUCCAGACCGCUACCUGCUCUCGACUCCGCAAAUGUUGGACCGAAUAUGCAUGACCCUUGGCGGCCGUGUAUCAGAGGAGAUUUUCUUUGGUCCAGAAAAUAUCACGACAGGUGCUCAAGAUGAUCUUCAAAAGAUCACUCGCAUGGCAUUUGAAGCAUGCGCAAACUAUGGCAUGAAUACUAUCAUUGGUCCCGUCAGUUAUGGUGGUCGUGAGAGCCAGAAGGAAAGUUGGACGAAACCAUUCAGUGAGAAGACGAGCGAAAUGUUGGAUUCUGAGGUGCGGAAAAUGAUCAUCGGAGCACAUCAGCGGACCACUGAGCUUCUGACACUCCACCGGGAGAGCGUGGAGAAGGUUGCCCAGCUUCUACUGAAGAAGGAAGUCAUUACACGUGAGGAUAUGAUUGACCUCUUGGGUAAACGCCCGUUUGCCAAUAAAUCCGACGAUAUGGACAAGUGGCUAGAUGAUAACCGCGGUCAUGAGCGCAGCGCUCCAGCACCGAUUGAGGAAGCCCCACAGAGCACUGUAGAUCCCGCCCCUGCACCUGUCGCCACGUCGACAAAAAUAGAAGAUUACAAGUGGUAG